CGCUCGCGAAAAGCAGCACACAUUCCACGGACAGCCGACACCCAAGUCUACGUCUUAACCCUGAGCACGAGCCCCUCCCUCAGCGAGCCCCUCGACGCCCUCCGCAAGAAAUACUUUCCCGCUCGUCUCAACUUCACCCCCGCCCACCUAACCAUGUUUCACGCGCUGCCGGCGAGCGAGCUGCCUAGCAUCACUGCCAAGAUCGAGGAACUCUGUGCGGCGACGCAGCCGUUUACGAUGCGGACGGGGGCGCCGUUCCGGCUACGGAGGGGCGUGGGCAUCGGGGUUGCCGAGGGGGCGGCGGAGGCCAAGAAGGUCCAUUACGAGUUGCAGAGCGCGUGGAAGGGGUUUUUGAGCGAACAGGACCGGCAGAAGUGGCAUCUGCACUGGACGGUGCAGAACAAGGUCACGGAAGAGCGGAAAGUGUGGGAGACGUUUGAGGAGGUGGAGGGCUUUGAGGGGGCCGAGGGGGAGGCGAGGGGGUGUACGUUGUGGAGGUAUGAGGGGGGGAAUUGGGGGUUUGAGAGGGAUUUUGAGUUU